AUGUAUAGUACAAUAUUGUACAUAUUAUUAUCAGCGAGUUUCACUGAACUUUGUGAUCCGGGAACAUACCUUCCUAGUACGAGUUCUACCAAUUGUGCUACAUGUACUGUUGGAUACUAUUGUGCCUUUUAUACAUCUGGUACUACUGUUCGAACAGCGUGUUCAAGUGGUACAUAUAAUCCUAGCGCAGGUAGCUCCACCGUUCAGGCUUGUUUAUCAUGUCCUAUUGGUACCGCCAAUGGAAAUACUGCAGUCUCGAUCUGUCCGAAAUGCGUUGCUGGAAGUUAUAGUGAUAAAAUAGGAGCAACGGCAUGUAUAUCAUGUGGAAGAGGAACAUAUUCACCAAAUGAAGGUGCUACUUCAGUUCAAUCUUGUUUACCAUGUCCCACCGGUACUGCCAGUUCAUCACUUGGGGCGGCAGCUUGUCUAAAAUGCGCUCAUGGAUCAUAUAGUGACACAGCUGGAUCAACUGCAUGCACACAAUGCCGAGCAGGAACUUAUCAACCAAAUGAAGGUGCCACUUCAGUUUCAACUUGUCUAACAUGUCCCACCGGUACAGCAAAUGCACUUGCUGGAGGAUAUGAAUGCUAUCCAUGUCCAGACGGUUACUCUUGCACUGAUCCCGCUAAUCCAGUACUUUUGGCAAAUGCAACGACUAAAGCUCCGUCAAAUACAACUCCAGUAACGACACUUUCACCCAGUACAACUCUACUAAGUGUGAUUUUAUCUCCCAUACCAGGCAUAAGUUUGUCUACAAUCAUUGCGGCUUCGACAGCCGCUGCAGGUUUGACAAACGCAGUUACAACGGCAGCAGCUUCGACUAUGGUUUCACCCAGUUCGAUGUCCUUGAACACAACUGUAAUGAAUAUGAUUUCAUCCACUUCAAUGCGAUUAAAUGGAACAUCAAUAACUACCGUCUCAUCAAAUUUAACUGCACCGAAAAUAUCGAUACGUGCAUUAAUGUUAAUGGUGAUAUUGAAUUUGGUAUUGUGUAUUAUUUAUUGA